GUUUACAAAAAAAAAACCACUUGCGAAUCUUUUGCUGAUUUAAUGCAAAAACAUUCAAAUCUUUAUUUAUGAAAUCAAUUUCAUCAUGGAUGAAAAUAAAACAGUAGUCAAAGUGAUAAGUAAAGUGGAAAAUGAACAGAUUGAAUCUGACAACAAGAAGCUUGAUGAAGUCUUAAAAGAUGUGAAGAAGGUUGAUGAAACUUGUGACUACAAAAAUUGUAAGCAAAAGACAAGUUUAAUGGGACAAACGUGUACAUUCUGUAAUCAUCGAUUUUGCUACAAACACAACUUACCCGAAAUUCAUUCGAAAAAUUUAGGAACUAAAUGCGAUGAAAUAGUCAAGAAAAAAGAACGAGACAAUUUUCUUCAUCCCAAGAUAGAUACAAGAAGUGCAAAAAAGAAAGAAGAGCAUGACAAAGCUAAAAAGAUUUUGGAACUUAAGCUUAAGCAAAUGCAACUGGAAAGGAAGCAAAAACAACCAGGAGCUGGAUCUUCAAAGAAAAAGAAAUAAAAUUUGUUUAAAUCUU